CCGGCGACGGUGGAUUCGGGAUGGGUGUGGGAGUCCGAUGGUUCUCUUUGGGGACAAUGAGGGGCUAUGAUCGGAGGCUUUUGUUAAGUUUCUUUUUCGGGUCCCAAUGGUGGUUCAAUGGUCAGAUCUAUGUUCUAAGAUUGGUUCUUAUGGUUACUGGGUCGAUCUCGGAUCUGUUCGCAGUCUGCGGGUCAGGAUCUAUGAGGGGUGUUAGCUCCAAUCGGAUCUGGCUUCGGAAAGAAACAGAAGUUUCGGUUGCUUCUUGUUUCGGAUCCAUGGUUGAAAGACUGGUUUUUGUCUCGGAGAGAGAAUCUGAGAGUUGUGGGUGUACUUUGGAGCUUCACUGCGGUAUCUUGCAACUUUCCUUCUCUAUGGGGACUGCAGGGAUCUCAAUUUCGGAGACAGAGAGUGAGAAUCUGUGGGAUUCAGUAUCUGGUCUGAAUAAUGUUAAUGAGGAUUACCUAAAUACGGAGCUGAUGAAGGAUUUGAUCGGAGUAUUAAUUGGUGCUGGUCUACAGAGUCAAAGAUUUGAGUGGAGAGUUUUGGAAGGUUGUUUAGUGGCACAGAAUUAUGGGGAUCUCAAAUCAGGGUCAUUCCAAUAUUUGCGAGCAAGUUUGGAGAGAAUCAUGGAUAUUCUCGCAUUGGUGUGGUAUCAUUCUGGCUUGAAUGAGGAUCGUAAGAGAUUGGGCUGUGGAUUGUUGGGAAAGGGAUUGACGGAGAAGAUGGAUUGUGAGGCAGCAGUUGACGGAAAAAACGCUGGGAAUUCAAUGGUGACUGACAUGAUGGUUAUCGAUGGGGGUCGUUUGGUUUUGGGCUGCGUAUGAUGUUGGUCUGUUGUGUUUGGAUUUUGAGUGUAUGGAGUUGAGUUUUAGUGGUUGUAACAAACGGUUUUACUACGGUUUGAAUUCUGGUUUCUUAUGGUUGGAUGUGGAUACUAUAAGGGUAAGAAUAUCCACAGUCAACUGUGAUUGGGUUUCUCUAAGAAAUAAUCAAGGGAAUG